GGCUGAGCUGCUGUUCGGGAAGGCGGGGCCAAGUAUGGCCAUGUUUAGAGUCACGCGCUGCAGUGCUGCGAGGUCAGUGUUGCUCGGGGCCGUCUUCACGGGAGUGUUCGGCGUCAGAACUAUGAGUGCUCACGUAGACUGGAAGACCGCUAAGACGAUAUAUGAGUUUUCUGCUAAAGACAUUGAUGGCAACGAUGUAUCCCUCGAGAAAUACAGGGGCUAUGUCUGUGUUAUUGUCAACGUAGCCUCUAAAUGAGGCAAAACCCCUGUAAACUACACUCAGCUUGUCAAUCUUCACGCCAACUAUGCUGAGAAAGGUUUACGCAUCCUUGGGUUUCCCUGCAACCAGUUUGGAAAACAGGAACCUGGAGAUGAAGCUCAAAUAAAAGACUUUGCUGCAUCCUACAAAGUUGAAUUUGAUAUGUUUAGUAAGAUUGAAGUAAACGGAGAUGGUGCCCACCCUCUGUGGAAGUGGUUGAAGGACCAACCGAAAGGGAGAGGUACUCUUGGGAAUGCCAUCAAAUGGAACUUCACCAAGUUUCUCAUUAAUCGUGAGGGUCUUGUGGUGAAGAGAUUCAGCCCUAUGGAUGAUCCAGUUGUCAUCGAGAAGGAUCUUCCCGACUACCUUUAGGAUGGAUCCUUGUACCCAGUGUCUGACAGAAAGAUCUUUGGUUUCCAGUCCAGAUAAUGAUGGUAUGCCUCAAAACCGUCAGGGGGAGGCAGACCAGAUGGUGUAUUGGCGUGCACCCCUGGAUGGGAAACUUGUGCUCCACUGUACAGAAACUGUUCUACAGACAAAAGCAUCAAUAAUAAAGUUCUAUUUAAACCUA